UCCACUUUUACUUUCACGCUCUUCAGCAGAACACAUUUCUUUCAGUUCGCCAAGAUGUUAAGUUCGCUCACCGGUUUGUGCAUUGGGAUUACACUGUUAUUAAACAGCGGAUUUGUGGUUAUGAGAAGGCAGGACCCGUCCGGGGCUCUUGGCAGUAUUUUCCGUACGAGGUGCGCCGCCAGGUGCCUGAGCCUUCACAGCACGCGCAUCGCUCUCUCUCCAAAACAUUUCCAGAGUAAUGGAUCCCUUGGAUGGUGUCAGAGCCAUAAACAGUGUGCAAAGUGCCUGGAGCCAUGCAAAGACUCCUGGGAGUUGAAAGACGGACCUUGUCAAGAUUUAUGUGAGCACGCAUUUCCCAAGCGUCGCGGUGAGUGUGUGACGAGCUGUGAGUUCCUGCGAUCAGUAAUGGUGGUGAAACAGGGUGAUUGCCCGGCACCAGAGAAAGCCAGCGGGUUUGAAGCUGCAUGUGUGGAGGGAUGUGAGGAAGAUGGAGAGUGUUCAGCCCAGAAAAAGUGCUGCCCAAAUGGUUGCGGACACACCUGCCAGACCCCCAAGAACCUUUACAGGGGUGCUCCUCUGAAGCCCAGGAAGGAGCUGGUCUUUGAGGAGCUGGAAUCUGGUGUGUUAGAGGUACGCUGGUCCUCCAAGUUCAAUGUGUCAGCAGAGCCGGUGCUGAAUGUUUUGCAGAGGAGAUGGAACUACGGCAUUCACCCCAGUGAGGAUGGCGCCACAGAGUGGCAGGUUGUUGCACGGACAUCGGAGGAGCGUGUGUGGUUGAAUGACAUCCGGCCUGGUCGCUGGUAUCAGUUCAGAGUGGCAGCAGUAAAUGUGCAUGGAACCAGAGGAUACACCACUCCAAGCAGACACUUCAGAUCCUCUAAAGAUCCUGCCUCUCCCCCGACACCCUCUGACCUUCAUGUCAGUGACAUGACCUUUGGUACGGAUCACUCUGUGUCUGCCCGCCUCAGCUGGAGCUUAUUCGCAGACCUGGACAUCCCUGUGAAUCACUACAAACUCUCCUGGAGCUUGUCUGACCACACCAUGCUGCCCAAACUCAAAAGGAGGCAGACUGCCAAUGGGGACUCUACUUACGCUGAGCUGGAUGACUUGAGAGAGAACAGGAGUUACACAGUGGAUUUGCAGGCAGUUUCAUACUGGGGUCAGGUCCCCCUCAAGAGCUCCAAGGCCAUUCUUCAGUUUACUACAAGCCAGAGACAAUCUGAUUUGGAAGCCACAGUCAGCCCAGUCUUUGUAAAGCCCCAGUCAGAUCUGUUGGACGUGGGCACGCCAUUUUAUCAAGAUGGACAGCUUCAGGUCCGGGUCUACUGGAAAAAGAGAGAUUCCACUGUGAAUCAUUACCGUGUGCAAUGGUCUCCAGAGUUCUGCAGUCACAAUGUAUCCAAUACCCAGGAAAAGCUUAUCACCCAGGCGUAUUUUGCCAGCCUUCCCGGUCUUCAGUUCUCUUGCAAGUAUAAGGUGAUCAUCCAGCCUGUGGCAUCAAAGGGUCGAGCCCAGGCAGAGAGCACAACCUUCUUCACCCCGUCCUGUGCUACCAUCCAGAGCAAGAGCACCAAACCCAUCGCCUGCUCCACUGUCUCAGUUCCUCCAAAGGUCCUGGUCAAGGCAGAGAACCUGACAGCAGCCUUCUCGAUCUACAUGGGGAAUGUGACAGGCCUGUUCUCAUGGGUGGUGGCAAUGUCUCAACCCCCACAGCAGGUCACAGGGUACCAGGUCACAUGGGCGGAGGUCAUCACAGAGAGCCGCAGAAAUAAUCUGCCCAACAGUCUCAUAUCCCAGUCUCAGAUACUGCCUCCAGAGCGUAAUGUCCUAGUAGUGUAUAGUCUUCAGCCAAUGUCUCUCUAUAGGCUUGAAGUGCAGGUCAUCACAGUAGCAGGACAAGGCCCAGCAACAUCUAGAACCUUCCAGACACCAGCUCACAGCAAGCCAGUCCUGCAUUACAUAGAACCCAGGAUUAAGAAACACCAUCUAAGGUCGGUGAUAGAACGGCACUGAAGACCACAUUGCAAUGAAUCAUCUAGAACCAGAACUGACUCCUCAGGAAAACAGAGAACCAGAAGAACCAAAGAACAGCCAAUUGAGAAUUGCAUUUCAACCUGAGCCAGUCAGCUGCCUCAAACUCAACAUGUGGACCUGCUGUAAUCUGAAAAUCAAAUUUUGAUUGACCUAUAAUAUUUGAGGACCAAGUAAUUUCCUCUUUGGGGGGUAGGAGAUUCUAUCAGAAACUAAUUAGAAUAGAAUAUGCAACAAAGACUCAUUUAUUAAAAG